AUGCUGAAGCGCAAAAGCGAAGGUGCGGUAGAUCGCGAGAGAGACACUGCACCUUCAGGGCCUAGCAAUGAGCUUUACAGCAAGUCGAAAAUGGCGUCAUCGGGCGAUGAUGCCGUAGACGCGCGCAUGGCACACAGAAUCGCGGACCUGGAAAGAGCUCUCGCGAUUGCGAAGGAGGAACAGAACUUGGCCAGGGAGGAACUUUCGAAAGUGAAACAAUACAGGGAAGCAGAUGAACAUGCGAUUGAGGAACUGAGGGCGCGACUCAUCGAAUCGGGCUCUAAUGCGAAUAGAGUCCCACCAGCACAGCUCGACGAACGAUUCCCGUCGCACGAUGAACCGUACCAACACCGCCUCGAGCGACCACAGCCGAACGGCGAAGCAGACGACCUACGCCUACGCCUCCACGCCGCCGAGAAGGAAUCACAAGAGAGGCUCCAGCAACUUCUCGCACUGAAGUCAAGCAUAUCCUCGCUCACGCGCAUGGAAUCACAGAUAACGGACAGCGAGCUGGCAGCAUCGUUCUCACAACUUGCGAAUCGCGUGCGGGAAUGGACUGUGUCGAACUUCAGGCGAUCGAAGUUAAAUCUCGACAGCCUUCCGAAGGAGACGGAGGAAGUUCUUAGCGCGUUGAACCCGCUGUAUAGUGUCAAUAUUCGGAGUACGGAUAAGCUUGCGCUGUAUCAGGCUAUUGUAUCGAAUUCGCUCAUGCAGAUCUUCGAUGCUCCUGUUGUGUUUGGGCUACCUAGUACAGGUCCUUUCGCUACCUUGCGACCACUCGCAGAGCACACCCGGCAUCUUGGUACCACGUAUCGAGAAUGGGUGCGUGCUACGGUGCAGAUACUUGAACGCAGCGAAGCGAAGCGAGAUGUCGAUACCGAAAGAGUAGCCUCAUUACACCGCCUCACCGGAGAGGUCAGCCACAUACUCUUCACACUAACAUCUGUGAGCCUUCCGCCGCACGCCCAGUCCGUCCUCACCGGAAUCUUGAAAGACGCCGCGAGUCUGCAACGUACAUUGGCUUUGCAGAAGGCACGCUACCAGUUGCUCUUCUUCCGCUGCCAAGAUGCGAGUAUGCAGUUCGAUGACCGCACGAUGGAAGCUGUCAAUGACGUUGAUCCUGCUGUAGAGGAUGGUACUGAUAUGGAUGUGGAUCGGAGAUUCCUGUUCUGCGCAUUCCCGGGUCUGGUCAAGUGGGGUGAUGAGUGGGGAGAGCAUGCUGAGAUGAGUAAUGUCUUGUUGAAAGCGAGGGUGUGCUCUGGUGUGAAUGGAGCGCUAUAA